AUGAACCCACAGGCAAAACUAAUUUUUGUCACUAGCCUACUCCUAGGAACAACCAUCACAAUUUCAAGUAACCAUUGAAUCAUGGCCUGAACCGGUCUUGAGAUCAAUACGCUCGCUAUUUUACCCCUAAUCUCAAAAUCUCACCACCCCCGAGCCAUUGAGGCAGCAACCAAGUACUUUCUAGUCCAAGCAACCGCCUCAACCCUAGUGCUAUUCUCCAGCAUGACUAAUGCAUGAUAUACUGGGCAGUGAGACAUCACCCAGAUAACCCACCCAACAUCCUCCCUUAUCCUAACUGCAGCCAUUUCAAUGAAGCUAGGGCUGGUACCUUUCCACUUCUGAUUCCCAGAAGUCCUGCAAGGCUCCCCCCUCAUUACUGGCCUUCUCCUAUCCACAGUUAUGAAAUUCCCACCAAUUACCCUACUCUAUAUAACUUCCCUGUCCCUCAACCCUGCGCUACUAACCACCCUAGCCAUUCUUUCCGUAGCCCUAGGAGGCUGAAUAGGAUUAAACCAAACACAAACCCGAAAAAUUAUGGCCUUCUCCUCUAUCUCUCACCUAGGCUGAAUGGCCAUUAUCCUGAUCUACUAUCCUAAACUUACUCUCCUCAACUUCUACCUAUACGCCAUAAUGACUGCUGCCGUAUUCCUAACCCUAAACUCAAUAAAAGUCCUAAACCUAUCAACACUAAUAACCGCAUGAACAAAAGCACCUUCACUUAGCACAAUCCUCCUACUAACACUCCUAUCAUUAGCCGGCCUCCCCCCUCUGACUGGCUUCCUCCCAAAAUGACUCAUUAUUCAAGAACUAACUAAACAAGACAUAGCCCCAACAGCAAUCAUUAUCUCUCUUCUCUCACUGCUAAGCCUCUUCUUCUAUCUUCGUCUUGCAUAUUGUGCAACAAUCACACUUCCACCUCACACAACAAACCACAUGAAACAGUGACAUACCAAUAAACCAAUUAACUCCUCAAUCGCCGUUCUAACCACACUAUCCAUCAUGCUCCUCCCAGCUUCCCCCAUACUUAUUACCAUUAUUUAA